CGUUUCCGAAGGGUUAGCUACCGCGCAUUCAUCGACCGACCCGACACAAAAUCGCGCCAGUUCGAAGCCUUUCGUCGAUUGUUAUGCACUGGAAUGCAGUUUUGGCUGCACCAAUUGGAUUCAAAUUGGAGGGAAAACCGCGCUCUCGCCAUCGCAUCGUUCUUUCGUUUGCAGGUCUCAGGUUUGCAGGUCAGCCAGCUGCGAAUGUGAAAAACCUAGUGUCAGAAGUUUAAAGGGAUUUUAGUGGAGUGGACGAUUGGUGACGCCGCAUUUGAAUUCUGUAAUUUAAAGCUAAUUAUCCGGUUGCAAGUGAGUGAAUUUAGUGCACAAUGUCUCAACCAACAGUUGCUGCGUAUUUUAACACCAGAAAACGUGUGGCGGCGGAUGAGCUCAGUGCAGCAACUCGUAACAAGGUAUUGGUCCUGGAACAGUCGACUCCCGCAGCAGCAGGAGGAGGAGUAGCACCAGUAGAAGAUGGCCGAGACUCUUCGAGUCGGGUCGUUUUCGCCAAUACUAAAAAUUUCCUUUCCAAGAAUGUCGCCGUUUUGGAUGAGACGGGUUCCACCGGGACCCCGGAACGAAAGAGGAUUACCCGGGCUACGAGGUCCAUCAAACGGAUCGGAGCUGAGAAAAGCAAGCAAACGUUAGAACAACCAAAAUUGGUUCAAUUUUUGAAGCUGGGAAAUUUAUCGCCUAAGAAGAAGAUGAAGCAAUACCCCAGCAGUCCGGCCAAAGCAUGUACGGCCGCGCCGGAGCAGGCAGCUCUUCCUGCCAAUGCGGAGUUUUCCGCCAAGAACAACACGACGAACGUCGAGCGGGGCGGCAUGAAGACGCCAACGAAGCAGGGUCUUCCUCCGGCGGUGAACCGUGGCCGGCAGGCCGCUCCCAGUGCCGUCAGCAAGCUAACUCUGGAGGAAGCCAGGAGCAAGCUGAGCAAGAGCUCACGGCUGGCCGAACUGACGACGUCGCUGAACAAGCUGCAGAAUGGGUUCGACAAACUGGACCGCCUGGAGAAGGUCCGGCAGGAGGACAACUGGAAGGCUCCGGUGCCACCGAGCCCGACCACUGCGGCGCGCAACCUGAAGGAGUUCGAACGGCUGGAGGUGGAAGUGCCAGUGAGCCCUCAAAAACCGUUCGCUUCGCCAACAAAAGCCCUCCACCGCACUCCGACCAAGGCCAGCCACAAUGCCUUGCUGUCUCCGCGGAAGCAGGUCACCCCCAAACGCCUCAGCAGUUUGAUGAGCCCAAUCAAGGAGCCAUCAACCGCAACCCCUGUAACUGCCAGCCCCACAAAGGUUCCAGCAUAUCAGCGUUUCCAGACCCUGGUCGAAUCCGGCACCCCAUCGCUCCAGCUGCCCUACAAGUAUCGCAGCCUGGUGGAACUGUUCAAGUGCAUCGAUACCGUCUGUGCCAUGUUCUACAACCGCAAGGAGCAGAUCACGUUCAAAAAGCUGAAACCGGCGGUGCAGCGAAUGGCCCGGAAGAAUUUGUACGAAACGCAUUUGGCCCAGAUCAAGACUCUGUUUCCCGAUGCGUUCGAGUUCAAACAGGAGCUGACAAAGAAUUACGGUUCCGCAACUAAGAACGAAUAUUAUCAGCUGAUUAUCAAACCGAAUGUUGAGGAAAAAGAACCAGUUAAGAUCGAAGACGAAGACAACAUUAUCAGAAAUGCACAGAAUCAAUCAAUGAAUCCCCAGAUUAUGAUUGAACGUUACCAAAAAUUCAACAGAAUUCUACUGGCCAAAGCCAAGGAAGCUCACGAGCAAUUCUUGCUACAAUUGGAUCCACCGGUUGUCAUCGAAAAGCAUAAACUGACCCGAUGGCACCCGGAUUUCAAUCUGGAAAAUUGUCCCGACAUCGAACUCGGAGACAUUCCACAGCCCCCCAACGUGGAACGCUUUUCCUCGGCUAAGGAUGUGCUCUGCACCGCCAGGAACCUUUUCAACUGUGGCACCGCAAUGGAAAAGGCUCUGGAACGUCUGGAGGAGAAGAAACGUCUUAACGCAACGGACAAUCCGGCGAAUCGCCCAAGCACCUCCACCGUAUCCUCCUCUCAAGAAGACCCCGCCAAGAAAAAGACUGACAACCCCUUCCAAUCGGCGUUGAAGAACGUCCCGCAGUCUCUGCUGGAGAAAAUCCGCGCCAAGCAGGCCGCCAAAGCCCUGGACCAAAUGACUCGACGACCUUCCCAAGAAAAGGAAGCGAUCCAAUAUUCCCGCCUGCCGGAGAUAGCCCGACACUUACGGAACGUUUUCGUAACCGAGAAGAAGAACGUCCUCCCGCUGGAAACGACCCUGGUUAAAAUCGAAAACAGCUACCGUGGUCGCCUGAACAUCAAAGAGCUGGAGGACCACCUGAAGUUGAUAGCCGAAGUGGCGCCCUGCUGGCUCACGCUGGCCGAGGUCCGCAAAACUAUGUACGUAAAAAUCGUUAAAGACUGUGACCUGGCCAAGGUUAUUGCCCUGCUCGAGAAAAAGGCCACCGAUAAACUUAAAUGCUAGGAAAAAAGAAGUGCUUUUAUUUAUGCUUUCGUGUCUUGCUAGGAUAAUGUUUUCAAUGAUUGUAUUUUUAGUUCCUCUCCUACCAAAUUUUUCAUAACCAGUAUGAUAUCGGUAUUCAUAAAUUUACAAACUCAUCAAUGAUUGUAACUCAUUCACAUUUUAUCACCAUUUUCACUAGAUAUUAGUUCGUUUUGUUAAACCCAGCUUUAUAGCAAUCUUUGAAGAAAAAUUGCGUGUUUUUUGAAUGAUGAAUAGAUUUAUUUAGACUUAAUAAUCGGUUGGGCCAAGUUUUCCUUUACUAUUCUUUUCUAUUUGUUCUUUUACUUUUUACCCUUUUUUCUGUUUUCUUCAAUGUUACCCUACAGCACCUAAGAAAAUAUUUAAUAAAAGCUUCAUUGGCUGAGAUGA